CACGGAGCACCGAAGAUGCUCCCUUCGGUUGUUCGCGGUACGGGUGGACCGCCCUCGUUGCGUCGGUGGCGUCGCGUGAGCAUUUUUCACGGUGCCGUGUCUACCAUCUUCGGGAACGCGAGUAUCGACACCAACUGUCUGCGGAACACCAAUCCAACGUCCACUGCCACCUUAAUGACGACUGCCUUGUGCGUGUUGCUGAUCCUCUUGCCCGCCGCCUAUCCUGAAAAGAUCUCCAUCGGUGCAAUUUUCGAGCAGGGCACCGAUGAAGUUCAGUCAGCUUUCAAAUAUGCGAUGUUGAACCACAACCAAAACAACACUCGGAAGUUUGAGUUGCAGGCUUUCGUAGACGUAAUUAAUACCGCUGAUGCCUACAAGCUAUCUCGUCUUAUUUGCACUCAAUUCAGUAGAGGGGUGUUCUCCAUGCUGGGCGCAGUGAGUCCUGAUUCGUUCGACACCCUCCAUUCGUACAGCAACACAUUCCAGAUGCCUUUCGUGACGCCCUGGUUUCCCGAGAAGGUCCUGACGCCGUCCUCCGGUCUGCUGGAUUUCGCCAUAAGCAUGCGUCCGGAUUAUCAUCGCGCCAUCAUCGACACUGUGCGAUACUACGGCUGGAAGAAAAUCAUCUACCUCUACGACUCCCAUGACGGGCUGCUCAGGCUGCAGCAGAUAUAUCAGGGCCUGAAACCGGGAAACGAGUCGUUCCAGGUGGAAACUGUCAAACGAAUACAGAAUGUGACUGAUGCAAUCGAUUUCCUGCGUAGUCUGGAAGAGCUCAACCGAUGGAGCAAUAAGUAUGUAGUACUCGACUGUCCCACCGACAUGGCUAAGGAUAUCGUAGUGACACACGUGAGGGAUGUGACACUGGGAAAAAGAACGUAUCACUAUUUGCUGAGUGGUCUGAUAAUGGACGACCGAUGGGAGAGCGAGGUGAUCGAAUACGGGGCCAUCAACAUCACCGGUUUUCGCAUCGUGGACACCACCAGACCGUACGUCAAAGAUUUCCUGGCCGGCUGGCAUCGCCGAGACCCAGCGACGUCUCAAGGAGCUGGCCGCGAAUCUAUUUCCGCACAAGCGGCGCUGAUGUACGACGCCGUAUUUGUUCUCGUGGAAGCGUUCAACAAGUUUCUGAAAAAAAAGCAGGACAAAAGCAACGUCAGAAGGACUGGAAUCCCUGGUAGCAGUCAGAUUACGAACGAUACUCGAGCACUAGAUUGCAAUAAUAGUCGUGGCUGGGUAACGGCGUUCGAAUAUGGCGAAAGAAUUUCAAGACUACUGAGGAAGGUCGAAAUCGAAGGAUUAACUGGAGAAAUACGUUUCAAUGAUGACGGUCGCCGCCACAAUUACACUCUUCAUGUCGUCGAGAUGACAGUCAACAGUGCUAUGGUGAAAGUUGCAGAAUGGACUGAUGAAGCCGGAUUCCAAGCCAUCGCAGCAAAAUACAUUCGUCUUCGACCACAUUCGGAAAUCGAGAAAAACAAGACUUACAUUGUCACCACUAUAGUGGAGGAACCGUACAUCAUGGAGAAAAAGUCAGAAAUAGGCAGAAUGUUGGUUGGCAAUGAUCGUUACGAGGGUUACUGCAAAGAUUUGGCUGAUCUCAUAGCAAAGAAGCUGGGGAUAACAUACGAGUUACGAAUUGUUGAAGAUGGCAAGUAUGGUAUGGAGAAUACAGAAGUUCGUGGCGGCUGGGACGGAAUGGUCGGCGAACUGAUUCGCAAAGAGGCAGAUAUCGCCAUAGCUCCCAUGACAAUCACGUCGGAACGAGAACGAGUGAUUGAUUUCAGCAAACCUUUCAUGUCUUUGGGUAUCAGUAUUAUGAUAAAGAAACCCAUGAAACAAAAGCCUGGAGUAUUCAGCUUCUUAAACCCUUUGAGCAAGGAAAUCUGGGUCUGCGUAAUAUUCUCGUACAUCGGUGUGUCCAUCGUCCUGUUUAUCGUGUCCAGGUUUUCCCCAUACGAGUGGAGGGUGUUGACGCUGAGCAGCGGCGGAGAUUCCUCUAUGUCCGCAAGAAACGAUCCCACGUUACAGCAUCCUCACGGGUCUCAAGGUUCACCACACAUUCCAACCUCCAGUAUGGCGAAUGAUUUCAGCAUUAUCAAUAGCCUGUGGUUUGCGUUGGCCGCAUUCAUGCAGCAGGGUUGCGACAUAUCGCCCAGGUCAAUAUCAGGAAGAAUAGUGGGCAGUGUCUGGUGGUUUUUCACAUUAAUAUUGAUCUCAUCUUACACUGCAAACUUGGCUGCAUUUUUAACCGUGGAACGAAUGGUUGCUCCAAUUAACUCCCCGGAAGAUCUGGCAUCGCAAACAGAAGUUCAAUAUGGCACUUUGUCUAACGGAUCUACCUGGGACUUUUUUCGCAAAUCGCAAAUCAAUCUCUACAGCAAAAUGUGGGAAUUCAUGAACUCACGACAGCACGUAUUUGUUAAAACAUAUGACGAAGGUAUACGGAGAGUCAGAACUAGUAAAGGAAAAUACGCUCUUCUGAUAGAGAGCCCAAAGAAUGAGUACAUCAACGAAAGAGAACCUUGCGACACGAUGAAAGUGGGCAGGAAUCUCGAUGCUAAAGGUUUCGGCGUCGCUACACCACUUGGAUCUCCUCUCAGGGACCCGAUAAACCUAGCAGUAUUGUCGUUGAAGGAAAACGGUGAAUUAACGAAGUUGGUGAACCGAUGGUGGUAUGAUAGAACCGAGUGCAGACACGGAGACAAACAGGACGCCUCCAGAAACGAGUUAUCCCUCAGCAACGUGGCAGGAAUAUUCUACAUUCUCAUUGGAGGGCUCCUUUUGGCGUUAGCUGUCGCUUUAUUGGAGUUCUGUUACAAAUCUCAUACAGAAGCUACCAGAGCAAAGAUACCAUUAUCAGACGCAAUGAAGGCGAAAGCUAGACUAACAAUUGGUGGUGGCCGAGAUUUCGAUAAUGGCCGGUACUACGCUCCAGCAAACGCGAUUGGCAAUACCGAGGGCGACCAGGUACACAGCAAUACGCAUACCCAGGUGUAAACUACCUGGAGUCUCCAAGCGAGUCGCCCGCCAUAUCUCUCCCCACACCGCCACCACCGCCAGCGAUGGCGGACCUGCCACCACCGCCGCCGCCGCCGAGGAGGCCGCGAAGGAGCGUCACCUUCGCGGAGUCACCGCCGAAGAGCCCAAAGAGGAUCAAGUUCUCGCCGUUCCAGCGGCGGCCGAGCAACAUGAUGCUAGACAUCGCGGUGCCGUGGACACCGGCGUCCCCUAGGGUCUGGACCGGCAAAAUCGGCGACGACAAACCGGAAUACGUAAUAUAAAAGUGCAGCAAACAGGAAAGACAGGAAGUAACAGUGCAGGAAAACCUCAGUAACCUCCGUGUUCCGGUGGUGUCCGCUGAGAAGAAGACCAAACAAGAGGAGUCUUCUCUCAGUGGACACGCGUCAACCGGCAAUCCUCUAUCCGCAACCCUGAGCAAACGCGUUUGCCAAAGGUCGAAUCUUAGCGACUCGCCGUUUUCUCGACGCUUCCGGUGUGUUAAGAAAUGACAAAACAAAACGAAACGAAAGGAGAUUAAUAAUCAAACGGAAUCAAACUAAACGGGGAAUGGAAGGAGCGCGAUUCAGUCUUUUCACGUUUAAGAAAGUUCCUCCGUGCUCGAGUCGUUUUUCUCGUUACGGGAGACGAGAGAGAUUGCGAGCAAGGUUCAAGCGUGGCGAACGAUUGGAUCCUUGUUCAUCGUUCGAUGGGUAAUUUGGAAGCUGGAGAAAUCAUCGUUUGUCGCGGCGAUCGGCGGGGACUGUUCCAGUCCGGUACGAUCGGGGGAGGAUCAUUCAAGUGUGCCUCGUUCCGGAUGCAUCGGGGUGAGUUUUUAUGACAGUGCUCGCCAGCUGCCGCGGUUUGUACAUUGUAUAUAAUCGUAAUAAUUCGAAUGAACAAAACGAGGCGAAUCAAAAUGCAUACGAACACACGAGUAAGCAGACCGGCUCAGCCAGCGACGAAAAAUGGUCGCGACCGAUUCGAUUGUAGAAUCCGAUGGUCCUGGGGUAGGUGCAUGUGCAACUAACAGCUCGACAAUUACUAUAACUGCCAUUUUUUCCGUGAGAACGAAUUACCCGUACCCGAACACUGAUGAACACAGACACACGCGAAACACAAGGUCACACGAGCACACUGGCGUACAUAUACGUAUACAUAUUUAACGAGGGAUGCGCACGUCGGCCGGAAACAAAGCGAAGCGAAGAAAUUUGGAAAAUGACGUAGGAGGAAGACACGGGGAACGAUGAAGAGAUUCUGAUUGAAGGAAUUAAAUCGAUCGAGGGAGAUCACAGCUUGAGCCGAAGAUGAGGGGUCGAUUGUGACGAUAAACACUACUAUUAAUGAUUACCAUUAUAUUCUGAUUACUAUUAUCGCUAGGUUUUUAUUAUGGAUCACGAUGAUUGAUUACGAUGGUCAUUGUACACCGGUGCAAUUAUUUUUUCGAUCUCGUGAAAAUGAAGAGGAACCCGUUGCGCAAAGGACGAGAGAAAAUAUGAGUAACCCGCACACUAGAGCCGCGAUAACGUUUUUUAAACUGAUAAAAUGGUGUGUAUAUUCGAUGCGUGAGUACUGCGUGUGAUAAAUAUAUAUACAGAUAUAAAUAUAAAUACGAAUAUAAAUAUAAAUAUAAAUAUAAAUAUAAAUAUAAAUAUAAAUAUAAAUAUAAAUACAAAUACAAAUACAAAU